GAAAGCAGGGUUGAAGUUAUUCAGUUUAUUUAGUGUGAACUUCCCUCAGCAUAACUCAGGCUUCAGAGUGCAAUAUGACUGAAAGGACUCGCAGCAAAGUGGAUGCUGGUGUCUUAGGCGAGAAUGAAGAAUUUCAGACAGAUGUGGGUCGGUCGAAGAGUCUGGGCUUCUGUGGGCUCUGUCUCACAGCUCUGUCGUUUCUACUCAUUCUCAUGACUUUCCCAAUUUCUAUAUGGUUCUGCUUAAAGAUCGUGAAGGAAUACGAGAGGGCGGUUAUUUUCCGUUUAGGGCGACUCCUCGGCGGAGCGAAGGGACCCGGUAUUUUCUGGAUCCUUCCGUGUGUGGACACCUUUCGUAAGGUGGAUCUGAGGACGGUUUCUUUCAACAUUCCUCCUCAGGAGGUGCUGACCAAAGACUCAGUGACCAUCAUGGUAGAUGGCGUGGUGUAUUACAGAGUCUUUAAUCCGACAAUGUCUAUUACUAAAGUGGAGGAUGCUAAUCUGGCUACGCAGAUGCUGGCGCAAACCACUCUGAGGAACAUGCUGGGCACCAAGAGCCUGGCGGACAUCUUGCGAGACCGUGAGGAGAUGGCGGAACAGAUGGAGGAAGUGCUCUAUUCUGCGUCUAAGAACUGGGGGAUUAAACUCGAGCGGGUUGAGCUGAAGGACGUCAAACUGCCCCAGACUUUACAGAGAGCCAUGGCUGCUGAGGCUGAGGCCACCAGAGAGGCUCGCGCCAAGGUGAUCGCUGCCGAGGGAGAGAUGAAGGCCUCGUGUGCGCUGAAGGAGGCGGCGGACGUCAUGUCCGAGUCUCCGGCUGCUCUCCAGCUGCGAUACCUGCAGACGCUGGCUGAAAUCGCUACAGAGAGGAACUCCACCGUGGUCUUCCCCAUUCCCAUGGACCUCAUCACCAGCUUCAUGAAGAAGUGAACGCACUCUGGGAAAAUCUUAAAACUCCUGGAUUGUAUUUCAUUUUUUUGUAUGAACGCAUAUCAUUCAUUAUGAUGUUGCACUAAUAGAGAAAGUGUGUAGGUAGUAGAAUAAAGGCUGAAAGUCUGGAUUGAACAACAGAUCCUGGAUAUUUUAGUGCAUUAGAAUGUUUUUAUCUUUCUACAAACUACAUUAUACAUAAACUAUAUAAACACAUGUACAGAACUAUUGCUUAUAGCAGAGGUUUUUA